GUAUGGCCAUGUGGAAAUAUAAUUUCUUAAUCGAUAAGUAGAACGCCGUUAAUGAUUCGUGAGGAUUUCGGCGAACCGAAGAAUGUUGAACGGUAAAGGAUCGGUAACGAUCAGUGUGACGAAGGCGGCACAGCUUGCAGGCAUGAGACAAUGCAUGGCCAUGGAGCGCGUUGACUGCGUUAGUAAGCGGACACCUGCUCCUUGUGCUCUCUACCCCCAACCUUUCAUGGGAAGGACGAUAUAAAACUGGUAGGGCGGCUGUCGGUUAAGUCAGUGAGGUUUCGGUGGUCGAGUCGGUUACGUUCGACGUUUGACGAUCACAAAAGAAAAAAUUAUCGUCGCGUCGAUCCGCAGGUCAUAUCUAAUAACGAAAGAGGUCCUUGUAGUUGACCGAUGCUGUUUCACGUUCGAUGCUAAUAACGCGAUCAGUCGAAAUAUGAAUAGGAAAGAUUGGCUGUUGUGCGUAACGUUGGUUGCGAUUAUUACCCGGAAAGAAAUUUACGGCGAUGAAAAUGUUUCCGAUGCUAUAAGGUCGCUACGGGAACAAGUAAACGCUCUUCUCGAUCAUCGACAACAGGAUUACAACGCUCUCGAGGCAAGCUUGAAGCGUGCGAUCGAGAAAAAUACAGAGUUGUUCGUUCUAAAGAACGAAAUCAAACAACUGAGAAAGGAAGUGAUCUCUCUACGUGGCGGUAACGGGAACGAGGCGAAAAACGAAAGGUUGCGAGUGAGAUGGCUAGGAAGCGCGGUGACCGAACUUCAAGGGGAAGUUGCCCAAGUUCUUCGUACGAGAAACGCGAGCGAAGAACUUGCCGAGAGAUCGAGAAUGAAAGGCGAGCUGUCUCUAUUAAAGGGAGACGUAGCUGCGGUUGGAAGAGGAAUUGGAAAUCUCGGCGGUAGAAUCGCCAAAAUUGAAGCGAUUCUCGGAACGAUUCGCGUUGAUAUCGCUGCGAUGAAGGAACGCUUUAGUCUGUUGUUUCGCACCUGCGCCGACAUUGCCAGUCAGUUGAAUUCCAUGCAAAUUGAGGUAAAGUCUCUUAGAUGCGAAUCAUUUUCCGCUAAUGUGGCAAAUUCGGUGGCUCAACGUAACGGAGGAGGACCAGGAGAAGAAGAAGCGGAAAGGAAGACUAGAACAACGGCAGCAGCGGUAACUUCGUAUUUUAGUGGAAUGGGUACAAGGGAUAGCGAUCGUGAGACUACAGCUGCCGCGUCGUACAGUGUACGAUCCUCUCGGCGCAGGUUCGCGAGAAAACACGGAUAUUGGAAAAGAAAGGAGGAGGGGCAUCGAACGCGGUUGGACGAUCGUUUAAAGAGUCUGGAGCGUAAAAUUUUGUUAUCGGCUCGGAGACGAGCGUCGUUGGAGAAGCGUAUCGCCACGUACGAGAAUCAAGAAUGGACGAGUUUGAGCAAACGAAUAAAAAGCUUGGAAAAGGGUCACGUCGAAUUGUCCCGGAAAAUUUCAAAUGUUACCGAGAAUGGAUUUUUCACGAAGAAGGUGAACGAAUCGCUUGGCUCACGACUGAUCGACUCGUUACGAACUCUUGAGGAUGCUAUGGAAACGAACAACUCGUUCACGAGGAGAGAAUUAACAAGGCUCGAUGUAAAUGCCGCUCGAAAAGCGGCUGAACUUUCGUUAACCAGGGAAGAGCUAAGCAAUUUACGUCGCACCGUGCAAGCGUUAAGCGUAAGCGCGUCUAAGCUUCAAGAGAGGAGCGACAAACAACAAGAAGCGAUCGAUCGAUUAAACGGUGUCCAUUCGACGACUGAUUUUCAAAGAUACUUGUCGAGUAUCGCGUCGGAUACCAUAACCACAAGCACAACCACAACUACUACCACCAUCUCGUCAUCAUCGUCGUCGUUGUCAUCCGACAAUUCGUUGUUCUCGAGUUUCGAACAGCUGGAGGAUCGAUAUCAUUUAAUUGGAAAGAAUUUGACGGGCGAUUGCGAGCAGACGACAGCGAACGAACCUAUGGACGGGCUGCGACUUUCGGAAGCAGGCAAAGGGGGCAGGCCGAUGUUGGUGUUUUGUCGCGGAGGUUGGAUGGUGAUAGCGCGUCGUAUCGAUGGGACUCUCGACUUUGAUCGAAACUGGAACGAUUAUUCCGUCGGGUUCGGCUCUCCGGUUAGUGAGUAUUGGAUCGGCAACGAAAUCCUUCACAGGUUGACCGAUCACGGUGACAACUGCACCAGCCUUCGAAUCGACAUGUUGGACAUUUACGGAGAACGUUGGCGCGCGGAAUAUCAGUCGUUCAGGGUCGAAUCUGAGGAGACCGGUUACAGACUAGAUGUUUACGGGUAUUCCGGAAACGCAACUGACGCUCUCUCCUAUCAGAACGGUAUGUCUUUCAGCGCGAAAGAUCGAGACAUGGAUGCUAGCACGACUCAUUGCGCGAGAAACUAUCGCGGCGGAUGGUGGUUUAGUCGAUGUCAACACGCCAACCUCAACGGUAAAUAUUCCCUAGGUCUUACGUGGUUCCGAUCGGACACCAAUCGAUGGAUGUCAAUCGCUUCAUCGGAAAUGUCUUUACGCAGAAACUCUGAUUGUCGAUCCCGAUAGCGUUUUACUUGAUUUGAUUCGAUUCGAUAUCGAACCACCUUCUUUCUCCAUACCAAAGACUUUUGUUAAUCGUCGCAUCGCAGCUGCUCGUUUACUCGUAAGCGGUCCAGAUAUUCGAACUCAAACGAUAGAUCGCCCGGGUACGCUACCUCUUUAAUUAUUAUCGCCGUUAUUAUUCGCGACUUUGUCCCUUGGAAAAUAUUCUUCGUUCCAGCUGUUUCAACGUCUAUAUACCCCUAUAUGUAUAAUCGUCAACGAAAAUAAUCGCGAGUCAAACUAGAUGUCGCCAUGAUUAGCGUUCUAGAAAACUGUUAUUUUGAUAUAAUAACAGUUAAUUAUUCCCUUGUACGAAAUAAAUAAAUUACUUUUUC